UUGUUUGGCCUCAGGAGAGCGAGCGGGAGCGAGCGGAGCCCAGUGGGAGGGGGCUCGCCUGCGGCUCUCCGGUCUCCGCGGCCGCGCUGUGGCUGUUCUGAGGUGAAGCCUUCUCCCUGCCGGGGGUCGCGGAGCCAUGUACAUCAAGCAGGUGAUUAUCCAGGGUUUCCGAAGUUACCGAGAUCAAACAAUUGUAGAUCCCUUCAGUUCAAAACAUAAUGUUAUUGUGGGCAGAAAUGGAUCUGGAAAAAGCAACUUUUUUUAUGCCAUUCAGUUUGUUCUCAGUGAUGAAUUCAGUCAUCUUCGCCCGGAGCAGCGAUUGGCUUUGUUGCAUGAGGGUACAGGUCCUCGUGUUAUUUCUGCUUUUGUGGAAAUCAUUUUUGACAAUUCAGACAACCGGUUACCAAUUGAUAAAGAGGAAGUUUCACUUCGAAGAGUUAUUGGUGCCAAAAAAGAUCAAUAUUUCCUAGAUAAGAAGAUGGUCACGAAAAAUGAUGUGAUGAAUCUCCUUGAAAGUGCUGGGUUUUCUCGAAGUAAUCCCUAUUACAUUGUUAAACAAGGAAAGAUCAACCAAAUGGCAACAGCACCAGAUUCUCAGAGAUUAAAGCUAUUGAGAGAAGUAGCUGGUACUAGAGUGUAUGAUGAACGUAAGGAAGAAAGCAUCUCCCUAAUGAAAGAAACAGAGGGCAAACGGGAAAAAAUCAAUGAGUUGUUAAAAUACAUUGAAGAGCGGUUACAUACUCUAGAAGAGGAAAAGGAAGAACUCGCCCAGUAUCAGAAGUGGGAUAAAAUGAGGCGUGCCCUGGAGUACACCAUCUACAACCAGGAGCUCAAUGAGACUCGGGCCAAGCUGGAUGAGCUUUCUGCUAAGCGAGAAACGAGUGGAGAGAAAUCUAGACAAUUAAGAGAUGCCCAACAGGAUGCAAGAGAUAAAAUGGAGGAUAUUGAGCGCCAGGUUAGAGAACUGAAAACAAAAAUUUCAGCUAUGAAAGAAGAAAAAGAGCAGCUUAGUGCUGAGAGACAAGAGCAGAUUAAGCAAAGGACCAAGUUGGAACUUAAAGCCAAGGAUUUACAAGAUGAGCUGGCAGGCAAUAGUGAACAGCGGAAACGUUUAUUAAAAGAAAGGCAGAAGCUGCUUGAAAAAAUAGAAGAAAAACAGAAAGAACUGGCAGAGACAGAACCUAAAUUCAACAGCGUAAAAGAAAAAGAAGAGCGAGGAAUUGCUAGAUUGGCUCAAGCUACCCAGGAAAGAACUGACCUUUAUGCAAAGCAGGGUCGAGGAAGCCAGUUUACAUCAAAGGAAGAAAGGGAUAAGUGGAUUAAAAAGGAGCUGAAGUCUUUAGAUCAGGCUAUUAAUGACAAGAAAAGACAGAUUGCUGCUAUACAUAAGGAUCUGGAGGAUACCGAGGCAAAUAAAGAGAAAAAUCUGGAGCAAUACAAUAAACUGGAUCAGGAUCUCAAUGAAGUCAAAGCUCGGGUUGAAGAACUGGACAGAAAAUAUUAUGAAGUAAAAAAUAAGAAAGAUGAAUUACAAAGUGAAAGAAAUUACUUGUGGAGAGAGGAGAAUGCAGAGCAACAAGCACUUGCUGCUAAAAGAGAAGACCUGGAAAAGAAGCAGCAACUUCUUAGAGCGGCAACAGGAAAGGCCAUUUUGAAUGGAAUAGACAGCAUAAACAAAGUGCUAGAUCAUUUUCGUCGAAAAGGAAUAAACCAACAUGUUCAAAAUGGCUAUCAUGGCAUCGUAAUGAAUAAUUUUGAGUGUGAGCCAGCUUUCUAUACUUGUGUGGAAGUCACUGCUGGUAACAGGUUAUUUUAUCACAUUGUUGAUUCAGAUGAAGUCAGCACGAAGAUUUUAAUGGAGUUCAAUAAAAUGAAUCUUCCUGGAGAAGUGACUUUUCUGCCUCUUAACAAGUUAGAUGUGAGGGAUACUGCCUAUCCUGAAACCAAUGAUGCUAUUCCUAUGAUCAGUAAACUGAGGUACAAUCCCAGGUUUGACAAAGCUUUCAAACAUGUGUUUGGGAAGACACUCAUCUGUCGGAGCAUGGAAGUUUCCACUCAGCUGGCUCGUGCUUUCACUAUGGAUUGUAUUACUUUGGAAGGUGAUCAAGUCAGCCAUCGAGGCGCUCUGACUGGAGGCUAUUACGACACAAGAAAGUCUCGACUUGAGUUACAGAAAGAUGUCAGAAAAGCAGAAGAGGAGCUGGGUGAGCUUGAAGCAAAGCUCAAUGAAAACCUGCGCAGAAACAUUGAAAGGAUUAAUAAUGAAAUUGAUCAGUUGAUGAACCAAAUGCAGCAGAUAGAGACCCAACAAAGGAAAUUUAAAGCAUCCAGAGAUAGCAUAUUGUCAGAGAUGAAGAUGCUAAAAGAGAAGAGGCAGCAGUCAGAGAAGACCUUUAUGCCAAAGCAACGUAGCUUACAGAGCUUGGAGGCAAGUCUGCAUGCUAUGGAGUCUACCAGAGAAUCACUGAAAGCAGAACUAGGAACUGAUUUGCUUUCUCAACUCAGUCUAGAAGAUCAGAAAAGAGUAGAUGCACUGAACGAUGAAAUCCGUCAACUUCAGCAGGAAAACAGACAGCUGCUAAAUGAAAGAAUUAAACUAGAAGGUAUUAUUACUCGAGUAGAGACUUACCUGAAUGAGAAUCUGAGGAAACGCUUGGAUCAAGUAGAACAGGAACUUAAUGAACUGAGAGAGACAGAAGGUGGUACUGUUCUUACUGCCACAACCUCAGAACUUGAAGCUAUCAAUAAAAGAGUAAAAGAUACUAUGGCAAGAUCAGAAGAUUUGGAUAAUUCCAUUGACAAAACAGAAGCUGGAAUUAAAGAGCUCCAGAAAAGUAUGGAGCGCUGGAAAAAUAUGGAGAAAGAACACAUGGAUGCCAUAAAUCAUGACACUAAAGAGCUGGAGAAGAUGACCAACCGGCAAGGCAUGCUGCUGAAGAAGAAAGAGGAGUGCAUGAAGAAGAUCCGAGAGCUGGGCUCCCUUCCCCAGGAAGCCUUUGAAAAGUAUCAGACACUGAGCCUUAAGCAGUUGUUUCGAAAACUUGAGCAGUGCAACACAGAGUUGAAGAAGUACAGCCAUGUUAACAAAAAAGCUUUAGAUCAGUUUGUGAAUUUCUCCGAGCAGAAAGAAAAGUUGAUAAAGCGACAAGAAGAAUUGGAUAGAGGAUACAAAUCAAUCAUGGAAUUAAUGAAUGUACUUGAACUUCGAAAAUAUGAAGCUAUUCAGUUAACUUUCAAACAGGUGUCCAAGAAUUUCAGUGAAGUAUUCCAGAAGUUAGUACCUGGUGGCAAAGCGACUCUGGUGAUGAAGAAAGGCGAUGUGGAGGGCAGUCAGUCUCAGGAUGAAGGCGAGGGGAGUGGUGAAAGUGAGAGGGGCUCGGGGUCACAAAGCAGUGUUCCGUCGGUUGACCAGUUCACAGGAGUCGGAAUUAGGGUAUCAUUUACGGGAAAGCAAGGUGAAAUGAGAGAAAUGCAGCAGCUCUCGGGCGGACAGAAAUCUCUGGUGGCCCUUGCUCUGAUUUUUGCCAUUCAGAAAUGUGACCCUGCUCCUUUUUACUUGUUUGAUGAGAUUGACCAAGCUUUGGAUGCUCAGCACAGAAAAGCUGUCUCAGAUAUGAUCAUGGAACUAGCUGUGCAUGCCCAGUUUAUUACUACUACUUUUAGGCCUGAACUGCUCGAGUCAGCCGACAAAUUCUAUGGUGUAAAGUUCAGAAAUAAGGUCAGUCACAUUGAUGUGAUCACAGCAGAGAUGGCCAAAGAUUUUGUAGAAGAUGAUACCACCCAUGGUUAAUUGAAAGAUACUGCCUGUUGUCUUGGAAGAUGUGUAUAAUAAUGUCUUCAUACCUAGGAACUGUAAAUUUUAAAACUAAAUAAUUGGUUAUUAUUGAGUUUUUGGAUUUAGAAUAUACAGUCCUUUUAUACUUGUCUUUGUAUUUUAUAAACUCCCCUGUAAUGUUACAUUUCUACGUAUAGUUGAGGAAUUUUAUUUCCUACACAGCUUUUUGUAAAGUGUUCUCCUAUUUUAAAUCUUUUGAGAUAUUCUAAAUAUUCUUCUGAAUUAUUUUACCAGUUACACUUUUUAUAGCUUCUAUUAAAUAAUUGGUUUGUGACUAAUUUAGUGUAAAUGUGGCUUUUUGUCAUUGUAAUGGUUAGAAACAUUAAAUAUUUUGCAUAAGAAAGUGUUGGUUUUCAGUUAAUAGAGGAUUGAAAAAUGCAGUUCCAUAUUCUGUUAAUUGCACCAGUGGGUGUUCAGUUCUGGCUGCAGGUUUUCAUCUGUUGUGAACUUUUCAAAGGGUCUUUCCUUGGGCAGUCCAGUCACAAUCUUAAGGGAGUGCUGUCCCAAGCACCUUGCUUGAAAAUUCAUCGGAUGAUGCUGAGUUUGACGGUUGCUAAACACCCUGCUUUCACUCAGUAUAGUAGUCCUUUGAACAUUUUUGUCUGAGUGUAUGUCCAUAUACCCAGAAGAGGGUAUCGGAUCUCCUGGGGCUAGUUAUAGACAUGUCUGAGCUCCUGCUCAGACAUGAACUUCGGAUCACUGGAAGAACAGCCAGUGCUCUUAGCCACUGAGCAUCUCUCUAGCCACUCCCUUUGGACAUAGUAAAUUUAAUAUGACAGUGUAUUUUAACAGAAGUUGUUCUGGGUUUGGGAAAGCAAUUUUAAGUGGAAUUUAAAAUGCUGACUCCAAAAAUGAGCCAUGCAGUUUCCUGGAUAAGUCAGGACAGUUUAAAUAAGAUGUUUUUAACUAGCCAGGGGAAGUAGCUCAGUACGAGAAUCCUUGUCUCCAAUGUGCAAAGCCCAUUCCCUGGUACCACAAAAAGUAAGAUUCUGUUACUGAAGCCACAUUCCCCAUGAGGUUUUUGGGGCAUUUGGUUUGUUUAAAAGGUCUUGUCAUUCAUGUGUCAUAAAAUUUACCCAUGUAUGCCUGUGUGCAAUUCAGCAUGUUUAGUAUAUUCACAGAAUUGUGCAGUCAUUUCUAUAAUGUUAGAACUGUGGAUGUGAGCUGACCCCUCAGCCUCUGGCAACCACAAAUUGGCUCUUAGUCUUGUGCUAUAGAUUUGUUUGUUUCGGGGAUUUCAUGUGGAUUCAUACAAUACAGUAGCCCUUGUCACUGGCAGCUUUUAACUUAGCCUAGUGUUGUCGAGGUUCCUCUGUGACGUAAUGUGGACUAUUCCUGCUGUGUGGAUAUGCACUAAGGUUUGCUUAUCCCUCAUCGGGGCUUGGAGGGUUGUUUUGUUUUUUAACUUUUACUUCUAUAAAUAAUGCUGCUUGUAAUGUCAGGUAUCUGUGAACUUUUGUUUCUCAGGACUAUGUCUAAGAAUGGAGUUGUUUGGUCCUAGAGUAACUAAUUUCAGCAUUUUGAGGAACUGUCAAGCUUUUCCAAAGGAGCUGACCAUUGUUUCUAACUACUGUAGUUACUAUUUUUCCAUCUUCACUGACACUUGUUACUCCUUUUUCUUUUUAAAAUAGUCAUUCUUAUGGAUGUGAAGCAAUGUCUCAGUAAAGGUUUUAAUUUGCAUUUUUCUGAUUA